GCCCUCUUUCUCUUUCAUCCCUUCUCUGACAUAAUAUCUAGAGAGAGAAGGGGAGAGAGAGCAGAAGAAAAAACCUAACUCGAAGUUUUUCUUCCUUUUGUUUCAGCAACAGCAAUCAUCAUGUCCUCUUCUCACCUUCUCCAUCGCCAUCAUUGUUCCCACUCCUGCACCCCACCUGCCUUUGGCUUUUAUCAUCAUCAUCACCACCACCACCACCUCCUUCUCCUUCUCCUCCUCCUCCUCGACCCUCAAAAGAGUUAUCAUCAUUAUCAUCACCCACGCCUCAAAGGCAGUGAAUUACUAAAAGAGAUCAAAAAGGGCAUGUGCUUGCUGCCGGAGAAGAUCAGGAGGAAGGAGGAGGAUGAGAAGAACAAGUCCUAUCUUUCUUGUUUGAGGAGCUCUCCUUUUCCUGGUUUUCAGUGCACUAGUGACCAAUUAAAGGGGUCAUCUCGAUCUACUCUCUUCUUUUGAAGACUUUACUUCAAACACUUGGGGGAAUCAAGCGUCUCGGUCCGAUGUUUCAAUAUUUGCUUUUUACCAAUUAAGUUCUAGCUACCUCAUAUUCUACUAAGGUCAUAGAUCUGAUCAUAAGGGUUUGUGGGUUUCUUAUUUGGGUUGUUUUUUAGGGUUUUGAUGAAGAACUAUCACUCAGCUUUACCAUUUAUGGUAUGAUUAUUGUGUGUGGUGUUUCUGUAUUUGUAGUAAAAGAUUAUCUCUUUCUCAUCUCAUCAACGUUACAUAUAUGAUUUAAUUAU